AUGGGCAUAGAAGAGUUCCGGUUGGGAUGGUACCGAUACCUCCCAUUCCUCGGCUACCACCAUGUUUUGAUGAUCCUGAUCGCGCUUGCGAUAAUAUUGUUAUCGCUUCUCCUGGCAGGAUGCUCAUCAUCAUCACCCUUAAUCCCGGGCAUCUUCCUUCUUUCACUCUACUAUGAGAGAUACACAGCCACGCCGAGUACGGCCCAGGUUGACUACAACGUUAACAAUGCCAUCGCCAAUAUUGUUGGCGGCGCCCGCCUGCAGGCCCGCGUUGGCUACUUCGGCAUCUGCGUCAGCCCCAACGGCGGCGACUGGCUGUGCAGCAACAACGCGACGUCCCUCGCCAAUGAGGUCUCGGUCGAUCAGGACCCGCUGAAUCUGGUCUGGCUGGCGAGUGAAUUUAAGGACAUGAUCGUGUUCCCCUAUCUUCUCAUCAUCGCAAUCAUCUUCGCUUUCAUCUGCCUCCUCCUGCUCGCUACCUUCCCGGGCUGGCACGAAGAGGACAGCGACGGCGACGGCUCGGCCGACCGCGAAGUCAAGCCCUUUCCCUCUCGCGCUGUCAGCCAGGUCGCACUGGCCAUCAUCUUCAUCGCGUCCAUCUUCGUGCUGGUGUCCGUCCUCUGGCAGCACACGGCAUCCGUGGCGGCCAGCAUCGUCGCGCAGGACCUGGCCAACGGCAGCGUCAAGUCCGGGGUGGGCACGUCGGCCAUGGUGAUGGGCUGGUUUAGCUUUACCCUAUUAAUUAUUGUCACCAUUGGGUUGUUGGUGAUGAUUUUGAAGUGGCUGGGCGAGGAGGGGUCACAACAGGACCUGCUGGUAACUGCGAGGGAGGGCCAAAACUUCAAGGAGAGGAUAAGAUCUGAUGACGGAAUGGAUAUGGGACAACACCAUUGA